AUGGAAUCGACGCCUCCUCCUUAUCGCCUAUCCAACACAAAAUCAGCCUCGCGUCUCGCUCGUGUCAACGAUUCGAAACAAGAAGAAGAAGAAGAAGCUCCACCCAAUCUCUGUCUUGAUUUGGUGUGUCUGUCUCCUAAGAGCAACGAUACUACUCCUUACCCAUCACCACCCCACGGAGCCUCUUCUUCUCCUGCUCCACUUCGCGAUAUCAUCCUUUCUUCUCCUUCCCCUCUCCGCAAGUCCAAGACCCGUUUAGCCGAACGACUCCAAAUGGCCUCUGAGGAUCAUGCGGCGGCGGCGGUUCCCAAGAAGGGAAACAAGGCGAAAGGAGGGCAAAAGGGUAAUUUGGCUUCUCCCAGGAAUCCCCGCAGAUCGAGGCGUAGGUCGGAGGCUGUGGCGGAGAAAGAAGCUAAUGUAGUGAUCGAAGAGCCCGUAAAACCCAGGAAACGGAAGCCCAACGCUCGCCCUAAGAAGGAUAAGCAAACCUCCGCUCCUAUUCCUCCUUGCUCGUCUUCACAUCUUCCAAAUGAUGAUGCUUCUUGUCAAAGCGAUCUCAAUCGGAUUGGAGAGAUUAUCAGUGAUUUGGUUAUGUGGAGGGAUGUUGCCAAAUCGACCCUCUGGUUCGGUCUUGGAUGUCUUUCUUUCCUUUCUUCUUGCUUCGCCAAAGGACUCAACUUUAGCCUUUUCUCGGCGGUUUCCAACCUCGGACUUGUGUUGCUUUGCGGCUCCUUCUUGUCAAACACUCUCUCUCAAAGGAAAAACGAAGGCACGAAGAGAGAGUUCCAUGUGAGUGAAGAUGAUGUCUUGCGCUUAACCAGACGAUUCCUUCCCGCUACCAACUUUCUCAUUUCUAAGACCACUGAGCUUUUCUCAGGGGAACCAUCCAUGACUCUCAAAGUGACCCCAUUUCUGCUAAUUGGAGCUGAGUAUGGCCACCUCUUAACACUCUGGAGACUAUCCGCAUUUGGUUUCUUCCUCAGCUUCACCGUUCCAAAGCUGUAUUCGUGUUACACCCAUCAGAUUAGCCAAAAAGUUGAAAGAGUGAAAACGAGAAUAGCUGAAGCAUGGCAAGUGUGCUCGCACAAGAAGAUCUUGGCAGGCUCUGCAUUGACAGCCUUCUGGAACUUGACAAGCAUUAGAACCCGGAUUUUUGCAGUGUUUAUCAUCCUAGUGAUAUUUCGGUAUAGGAGACAGAAUCUAGUACAGCUCAAUCCCGAGGAAGUUGAGCCUGUUGAAGAUGAGAAGCAAGAAGAAGAAACACCUCCACAGGAAGAACAGACGCAGCCACAAGAAGAGCAGCAAGCGUUAGCUAUGGUGGUUGCAGAAACCGAAGGAUCAAAGAAACUCUAG